GCCCGGCCCUCCCUGCCCUACCCUGCCUUGCCUUGCCCUGCCCUGCCCAGGCAGUGGGCGAGGCUGUUCCCAGGGUGACUGCGUGGGAGGUCCCAGUUCAGGGGCCCGGCCUCCCACCCCUGUCGCCCCCAUUUGCUCUCUCACCUAGGCCUUCCUCCACCACCCCCUGGUCAUGCCCCUGUCCAUCCUCUCCUCUCUCCUCCCUUCCUCUUCCCUUUCCUUUGCCGGUGUCCUUUUUCCUUUCCAUCCAUUUUAAAAAGGAAGGAACCGGCUGACACACCCAGACUUCCUCAACCUUGGGGAGCAGUCCUUCCCCCAAGUCUUGAGUCCCUCCUAACUUCCAGGGUGCCUGUGUGUCUGGGGUGAACUUGGGGUUAGUGGUUGAGAGAGAUAAGCUCUCACGUGUGGCAGGGGAACUGUGUGAGAGCACACGCCUAAACGCUAGGCCUUACCAUAGUUUAGGUCACCAACUCUGACUGCCAAGAAGAAAUAAGAAGUCAUCUGCCAAUAGAGAUCUGUGUGUGACUGAGGGAGAUGCGUGCCUGCUUAUGGUAUGAGUGGUCAGCUCUUGGUGGCUUACACGUGUAACUAGAUGUGUAACUUCAGCAGGUGUGGGCCUGAGCCUAUGGGGGUUAUGCAUUUGCACAGGGUGCCAUAGGAGCUAUGUGAGUGCAGUUCCAUGCCCUUCAUAAGUCCUGGGAAGCAUGCAUGUCAUAGUCCGUGGAGGUCAGUUUGAGUGGUGUGUCAGCUGGGCAAACCUGCAUAAGUAUGUGGGCCGUGUAUGGAUGUGUGCUAGCUAGCCCUUGGUGUGAUGCAUGUGUUGUUGGCAUGGUCAAGAGCUGUGUGACAGGCAGAUGUGUGCAAAUGUGCUGGUAUGUGUGUCUGUGGCAGGGUUUGGGACCUUGCUGAGGUCCAUCUGAAGACGGAUGGGAUGAUGAGGUGUGAGGGAGCCCUUGAGAUAUUAGUGUCAAAGGGCCAUGUGCAGCCUAUGCUGGAAGUGUCAGAAGGUGUAUUUCUUCACGGAGAACUGCACAGGUUGUUUCCUGAUUGGAAAGGACUGAGAGCACCUGUUGUCCCUGCUGCAGGGCAAUUGCCUGGUCUCUCUUGGACAGUGUCAGAGUCCCAAGUGCCUCUGGCUCUAGGCAGAUGUUAUUGUGUCCCUGUGAACCCUUCCCUGCCCCUCCUGCUGACUGUGGAGGAGAAGGUAGCCCAUUAGGAAAUUCCUAAGACCUCUCCCACUCCCCACCUCUUCACUUGCCACUAGCUUCCUUGUCCCUCCCUAAGAAGAAAAGGUGCUUCUAUCUAUUUUGAAAUAGGAUGAACUGAGAAUUUGUGGCUGCUCAGGAAUGGAUGCUGGGUGUGAAUUUUUGUCAUUUCCUUGGACUGUGUCUGGAACCAGUCUGGGGAAGUUUACUGGAGAAUCUAGGAUCUUAGUUCAUAUAGCUGAUCCAGGGUUGUGCGUGGUAUGUCUGGGGCUUUACUGGGCUUUCCUGAUCUUGGUGGGUCCUGCUUCUCCAGGCACUGACCUGUGGCCUGGACCCACCCUCCACCCCAUGCCCAAUACAGAGUGGGUAGGGGCGGGGAAGAGGGCGGGGCUGCUGCCGAUCUAGUCAAACAGGUGGAGCCACUAGGGCAGGAGUCUCUAAGAGCCAAGCUUCUGGAGUGGAAGGACUCUUCCAGACGAGAGGAGUCUGGAGGUGAGAGUCUUGGAAGGCACCUUGGGACUUAAGUGUUUGGCAGGAGAGGGGAAGAACUCUGCACCGUGUGGCUUCAGAGUUGUCUGGUUGUGUGUCUUGUUCCUGGAGUCAGGCGUUGGAUGGGGCUGUGCAGUGCUCCUUAUCUCAUGUCCACCCUCCGUGCUCCACAGAGUCCUUAGCCAGGAUGGAGGCUGUUGUGAACUUGUACCAGGAGGUGAUGAAGUAUGCAGAUCCCCGGGUCCAGAGCUACCCUCUGAUGGGGUCCCCCCUGCUAAUGACCUCCAUCCUCCUAACCUACGUGUACUUCGUCCUCUCCCUUGGACCUCGCAUCAUGGCUAAUCGGAAGCCCUUCCAACUCAGAGGCUUCAUGAUUGUUUACAACUUCUCCUUGGUGGCACUGUCUCUCUACAUUGUCUAUGAGUUCCUGAUGUCUGGCUGGCUGAGUACCUAUACCUGGCGCUGUGACCCUGUGGACUAUUCCAACAGCCCAGAGGCACUUAGGAUGGUUCGAGUGGCCUGGCUCUUCCUCUUUUCCAAAUUCAUUGAGCUGAUGGACACGGUGAUCUUUAUUCUCCGAAAAAAAGAUGGGCAGGUGACUUUCCUCCAUGUCUUCCAUCACUCCGUGCUUCCCUGGAGCUGGUGGUGGGGUAUAACUGUUGCCCCAGGAGGAAUGGGCUCUUUCCAUGCCAUGGUAAACUCCUCAGUGCAUGUUGUCAUGUACCUGUACUAUGGAUUGUCUGCCCUUGGUCCUGUGGCGCAGCCCUAUCUCUGGUGGAAAAAGCACAUGACAGCCAUUCAGCUGAUCCAGUUUGUCUUGGUCUCACUGCACAUCAGCCAGUACUACUUCAUGCCCAGCUGUGGCUACCAAUACCCAAUUAUCAUCCACCUCAUCUGGAUGUAUGGUACCAUCUUCUUUGUGCUGUUCUCCAAUUUCUGGUAUCAGUCUUAUACCAAAGGCAAGCGGUUGCCCCGUGUACUUCAGCAAAAUGGAGUUCCAGAUAUUGCCAAGGUCAAGGCCAACUGAGAAACAUGGCCUAGAUAGGCGCCCACCUAAGUGCCUCAGGACUGCACCUCGGGCAGCAUCCAUCAAAGUCCUCUCCACUGCACCUGUGACGAGGGCUUCUGUGGUCAGGACUGAGCAGGGGACUCACCCUCCUCACAGCUGGUCUACAGGGACCACUGCUUCCGUUGUUCCACUUCUGCCAGCCAGCUCUGGGGGUGGCCACAUUGCCCUCUGCCACUCCAGAACUGGAGGCUAAAAGGGCUGGACACUUACGUUCCCCUCCCUGCCUGAAACUUGGGAAAGAAACACUCAGGGCUGGUCCCCACCAGGGUCUCGUGGCCUUUUUCCUCACACUGACGAGGUCAGCAAUAAUCUGUCACUAUGGACCAAGGCUCCCUCUCCCUCCUCCACUCCACAAGAAGCAGAGAAGCUUCUGGGCCAAAGAUCAAGGGUGGGUGGCCUGGGAAUGCAAGCUGGAGAGGCUGCAUACUCAUUCACUUGUAUCUUAAUUAAAGUGACAGAGGAAACUA